UUCUAUCUGAUGAUUUACGAUUUUUUUUUUUGCAAGGUUGUGUAGCUCGCCGGCUAACAAGAUAGUGCUAGCUAACUGUGCGUGGUCAGCUAGCUAGCUAAGUAGUUAGCUGUCAUUAAAGCGUACAAAAACAAUAUUAUUGAACCUGUAUAGCUACUUUUCUAAUGUUUUAGCAUUACUUCAACUUGCAUCAUAACAAUUAUGCUAAGUGGAUACAGUAUACCAUAUUCCGCCCAGUGAACUUAAUCUUUAGCGCCAUUUUAAAUGACGUUGCUGAUGCUGUUUCUAGCGACGGGUUUACGUUACCCGCUUAUUUAGCUAGCUAGCUUUCCACUAUAGUUACACUAGUUUUCAAUGAACUCAGCCAACUUCUGGCAGAAUGCUAGUAUCUUAAACCCAUGUACAAUUAUUUUUAAAUACACAGUACCUACAGAACUUCCGGCAAGUGCGGCUGGUCUAAAUGUUGUGAGUAGUUUUAAGCAGCAGUGAGUUCAGUCCGACCAGGAGCAUUCCAAAUAUACUGACACGCUGUCGGCCUGAAGUCGACUCUGCCCUAUUUACUGCUGGUCGUUAUUAAACUACUGUUUUACGCCACUAGAGUGCACUCACACCGAAAAACAAGUUGUCAUCCAUAACUUUAUCAGUGCACACCCUGUUAUCUGGAUCACAUCAGCUGUAGUUGAGUGACUGUAAAUUGUCAGUUUGAAACACUUAAUCACAACAAUCCAAACUGCACCUUCGCAACUCGUGUCCUUAGUGUUAGUUCUGGUGGUGAUAACGAACAGGUCUCCACUGAACUCAAAUCCAUAGCAAUCACUCAUACAUAGUCACGUUGAUCAAUGGGCACCAUGCGCGGGGGGGAUGGGGGGGCAGGGGGGUCCAGUGCCACUGUGACAACAAGCUUGUCACUUGUGAUCCCCCUAAAUGUGGAGUCUGAUUUUUUUUUUUACAUAACCAUUUUUUUUCUAUCGUUCUUUUUUUAUAUCCGUUAUUAGACAGUGGCAACGCGGAACACUAAUGUAACCCACACGUUUUCUAGACGGACUGCUUUAGCCGGAACACAACAUUAUCGUACCAUCUGCAAGUUUUUUCUAUUCAGAAGUUGUAAGAAAUUCUGCGCGAAUAUUAUAGUUAAAGCACAACGAAGGACAUAUAGAGGUGACUAAAAUUGUUCAUAUGUUGUAUUUGUAUUAAAUGCAUAACAGAAGUGUAACGUUAGAUCAGCUAAUCUUAACCUGGCCGUUUGUUACUUUGUGGCAGUAUGAAAAAGGAUAAAAUAUAUGAUCAACUAACUCAUGGUGUUGAGUGUUUUUACUUAAACCACACUCAGUAAACGCAUUUUUUGUAACGUUAAACAGUCAGAUAUAAAGGGUAGUUACCUAGCAAGUCAGUAUUUUCAGUAAAUGAAUUAAUAAGCUUGGUCCCCAUUUCUUUUGUUCUAUAGAUCUCACCAAAAUGGAGAAAGAAGGACAUCAUGUCCUUCUUCCAAAGAAAAGAGGCAGACAGUGACACAGAGCCAGAUGCUUCAGGUGUGGAGAGAGCAAGAGAGCAGAGAGCCUGCAGAGAGAGAGAGAGCAGGAAGACUUGUCUGACGGAGAGACUGAGAGUGAAGGUAUAGUAGAGCAGGAAAGUGAGACAGAUGGAGAGACUGAGGCUGAGGGGGAUGUAAAGGCUGAGAGUGAGACACCAACUGAGGAGCCACGUGCGUCCACAAGCAGUGGACCAUCAGAUAUCGGCAAAUCGCGGGAGGAACCACCGGUGCAGCCAAUGAUGAACAUGUACCCAAGAACUCUGAUGGAGGACUCUGAUGUACAUGCCCUAAACAAGAAACACAGCAAACAGGUUCAAGAAAAUCAGGACUAUAUUAAAACAAUAGGAGAAGUACUACUAGUUACAGCCACACAAAACAUUGCACAAAGAGGACUCGAUGAGUCUGCUGAGUCAGAUAAUAAAGGGAACUUCAUGGCAAUCCUAGAAACAAUAGCUAAGCAUGACACAACUGUGAAAAAGAGGUUGACUUCCAUUCAUAAUGCAAAAUAUAAAAGCAAAGGGAUUCAGAAUGAGGUUCUGAGUUGUUUGGCAGACAUGGUUCGAACACAAAUUAUAGAAGAAGUGAAAGACAGUGAGGUCUUUAGCAUAAUGGCAGACGAAACGAAAGACGUAAAAAAAAAGGAGCAGAUAUCUCUAGUACUCAGGUACUAUUUCAGUGGAGCUGUCCAUGAGAGCUUUCUCCACUUUGAAUCGGCUGAUCGACUAGAUGCAGCAGGGCUUACUGACAGAAUCAUACACAUAUUAGAAAGUCAUGGUCUUGAAUACAAAAACAACCUAGUAGGCCAAGCAUAUGACAGUGCUUCAGUUAUGAGUGGCAAGCAUUCAGGUGUCCAGGCACGCAUUAAAGAACAAGCAAAGCAUGCCUUUUACAUCCACAGCAGUGCACACUGUCUAAACUUAGUUUUAGUGGAUACAGUCAAAGAUGUUCCUGAGGUAAGACAGUUCUUCUCCUUACUAGAAAGACUAUAUGUCUUCACAUCUGGGUCAUAUGUGCAUCAAAAAUGGCUUAGCAUACAAAAAGAGAUGUACCCAGGUACACCUAGAGAGCUUCAGAGACUAAGUGACACUCGCUGGGCAUGUCGAUAUAUGGCUCUACAUACUAUUAUUGAUAGAUUGCCUGCCAUUAAGCGAGUCCUGCAAGACAUAGUCCAAGAACACAAUAGUGACAGAUCUGUUGAGGCACGAGGUCUGCUUGCACAGAUAGAUUUACAAUUCAUUGUGUGCCUUGUUACACUUCAUAAAGUGUUUGGAGAAGCAACAUUUCUAUCUGAUAUGCUAAAGUCUUCAUCACUUGACCUGUCCAAGGUUGUUGAUUUAGUUGAAGCCUUAGUUCAAACUUUGAAUGAUUACAGGGAUGAGUCUUUUUUUGAUGAUCUAUGGAAUGAAGUGUUGAACACAGCUGAGCAAUGUGAUACUGCAAUACACCCCCCUGCAAAACGACCAAAAAAGAUCAAUUUAAUGGAGACUGUGUAGUCAGUACAAUGGGUCAGAGGUCAGAUUCAGAACGAGAAAAAGGCAGUUUUCGUACAACUCUUUUCUACCCAGUUUUAGAUCAUAUGCUCAGUGAGCUUAACAGAAGGUUCUCUAGCAAAAACUGUGACAUAAUGAAUGGCAUCCAAACUCUAAACCCUACAAGUGAUGUGUUUCUCAAAGAGAAAUCCCUGUUUCCAUUUGCGAGAAUGUAUGAAUCAAAUAUUGAGGACUUGGGGCAUGAACUACAUCAUUUCAAAAGAAUUUUAGAAAGGAAAAUACAGAGUGGCAUGCAGAGACCCUCCAGUGUAGUAGAGCUGACAUUAGUCAUUGAGCCUUAUAAAGAAGUUUUCUUUGAGCUCUUUAAACUGUGCAAGAUAGCUGUUUCAAUCCCUGUUAGUACUGCUUCUUGUGAACAGAGUUUUUCUGCACUAAAGCUGGUGAAAACGUAUCUCAGGUCCACAAUGUCAGAUGACAGAUUAAGAAAUUUAGGUGUAUUAAGUAUCGAGUCAAGGAAGGCAAAGGCCUUGAAUCUAGAUGAAUUUGCUGAUCUUUUUGCAAAAAAACACAAAAACCGUAGAAUACAGUUGCUGUGACUGAUAUUGAAUAUGUAAUGCAAAUGUAAAAAUAUAAUGGAAAUGCAAAUAAAUUGUUUAAUGAUUGUAAACAUGGUAUUUUGCCUGUUAAUGCCUGCAAUGCAGUGAAUAAAACUAUAUGACAGCAAUGACGUCUAAUGUAACUGGCCCCUCUAACAGUACAACUGGCCCCAGCUUGGCCCCCCCCCCAAUUGAAAUGGCCUAGAACCCCCACUGCUGGGCAGACAAUUUUACUUCCGGUCUCAGUGAGGGUAGUUUUCAUAGAAUCAUUGGGAAGACAAAUCAAGUACAGUCAUUGUUUCUGAAAAUGGCUGACAGCUGGUACUAUUACAAGUUUAAAGGAUACUUGUUAAAAGACGUAACGCUUAAAUGUGCUGUAAGCCAAAAGUAAAAUAAAACAAGGGACGCCUUCUCAAUGUAAAUGUUCAAACUAGAGGUCAGCGCCACACAUUGGACACUAGAGGGUAGGUUUACAGAUGAACACAACGGAAAUAAUUUUGUG